UAGAGCCGGAGGGAGCACAUCGUAGGCUCGGGUUUCUCUCUCUCUCAGCUCUCAACGUUUCAGCACCAAGGCGCUUGAGAGAAAAAUAAAGAGGGGUAGGAAGAAGCUUGGAAAAUAAAAGGAGGCGGAAAAGAAAUACCCAACAGCAGCCAUCGUCUCCAUAUCUGUUGUGUCAGGUAGCGGAAGCCAGGAUGCAUGCUCCUUCUGUUAGGUUUAAAACAACGGGGAUGAAUUGGAGCUCUGUCCGUGUUGGUGCAUUCGGGAUUACAGUUAUCAUGAAGGUGGAAGUCAAUUGGAGCCGGAUUCUGAUCUGCUGUUUGGGUUGGAUUGCAGCAACCAGCGGUCAGAACUGUGGUGAUAUAUUACGUGGUCCUCAUGGAACAGUUGAUAGUCCAGGUUUUCCAUAUGGGUAUCCCAAUUAUGCCAAUUGCACCUGGACAAUUAUCACUGAAGAACGCAAUAGGAUACAGUUGGCAUUUCAGUCAUUUGCCUUGGAGGAAGACUUCGAUGUAUUAUCAAUAUAUGACGGUCAGCCAUUUCAAGAAAACUUGAGGACAAGGUUAACCGGAUUUCAGCUUCCUCCUCCAAUUGUGAGUUCAAGUUCUGUUCUGACUUUGUGGCUUCUCAGUGAUUAUGCAGUGAGUGCACAAGGCUUUAGAGCAAUCUAUGAGGUAUUACCAAGUCAUACUUGUGGAAAUCCUGGAAAAUUACAGAAUGGACUGCAGCAGGGAUCCACUUUCAACAUAGGGGACAAAAUCCGAUUUAGCUGUAAUGUUGGUCACUUCCUUGAAGGACAUGCAGUACUGACUUGUCUUGCCAGUUCGGAGAACAGUGCAUCAUGGGAUUUUCCAGUUCCCUUUUGCAGAGCGGACGAUGGCUGUGGAGGAACAUUGCGCGGACAGAGUGGAGAUAUCUCGAGCCCCAAUUUUCCAUCAGUUUAUGAGAAUAAUGCAGACUGCACUUGGACUAUUCUGGCUGAACCUGGUGAUACUAUUGCACUCGUCUUCACUGAUUUUCAAUUGGAGGAUGGUUAUGACUUCUUAGAGGUCAGCGGGACGGAAGAUUCAUCAAUAUGGUUGACUGGAAUGAAUCUACCUUCUCCUGUUAUCAGCAGUAAAAACUGGCUGCAGCUUCACUUUACAUCUGAUAGUAAUCACAAGCAGAAAGGAUUUAGUGCUCAUUAUCAAGUUAAAAAGUUGAUUGAGCUGAAGUCCCGAGGAGUAAAACUGCUUCCCAGCAAAGAUAAUCAGAAGCCUUCAGUUUUAACUCAAGCGGGCACAGCACAGGGUUAUAAUAUGUGUCCUGACCCAGGAGUUCCUGAAUGGGGUAAAAGAACAGGUUUGGAUUUCAGGCUGGGAUCCAGUGUGCAGUUCUCAUGUGAUGAUGGCUAUGAAUUGCAAGGGUCUAAAAGCAUAACCUGUAUGAGAAUGUCUGACUUAUUCGCAGCUUGGAGUGAUCACAGACCAUUCUGCCGAGCUCGAGUAUGUGGUGCACAUCUGAAUGGUCCCACUGGAGUUAUUUCAUCCCCUAAUUUCCCGGUGCAAUAUGAUAGUGAUGCACACUGUGUAUGGGUGAUUACUGCCUCUGAUCCAGACAAGGUGAUUAAGCUGACUUUUGAUGCGUUUGAAUUGGAAAGAGGCUACGACACAUUAACAGUUGGGGAUGGUGGGCAGCCUGGAGAACAGAAAACAGUGCUUCAUGUUUUGACAGGGACGGAUGUUCCUGACCUCAUUGUGAGUGUGAGUAAUCAAAUGUGGCUGCAGUUCCAGACCGAUGAGACCAACAGUUUGCUGGGUUUCAAGGCUGUAUUUUCAGAGAUAGAACAGGGAACCUGCAGUGACCCUGGGACACCAGCUUAUGGAAGGCGGGAGGGUAAAAGUUUCCUUCAUGGUGACAUUUUGAGAUUUGAAUGUUUGCCUGCUUUUGAGCUUGUUGGCCAAAAGACGAUCACCUGCCAGAAGAAUAACCAAUGGUCGGCAAAGAAACCCAGCUGUGUGUUCUCGUGUUUCUUCAAUUUUACAACUCCAUCUGGCAUUCUGCUAUCCCCCAACUACCCAGAGGAUUACGGCAACCAUAUGCAUUGUGUAUGGCUGAUUAUCGCAAAGCCAGAAAGCAGGAUUCAUCUGGCCUUCAAUGAUUUUGACGUUGAGCCACAGUUUGACUUUGUAUCUGUGAAAGAUGGGUUGAAUCCUGAAUCGCCUGUCUUGGGAACUUUCUCGGGAAACAAAAUCCCUUCUCCUUUGACCAGCAGUGGCCAUGUAUCACGUUUAGAAUUCCUUACAGACCACUCCACAGCUGCUCGAGGAUUUAACAUCACUUUCACAACAUUCCGACACAAUGAAUGCCCUGAUCCUGGGGUGCCAGUGAAUGGGAGGCGUUUUGGAGAAAGUCUGCAGCUUGGAAGUACUGUAUCCUUUCUGUGCGAGGAAGGAUUUCUGAAAACGCAUGGUUCAGAAACAAUCUCUUGCAUCCUGAAAGAUGGAAAUGUGGUCUGGAAUAGUGCUGUACCAAGAUGCGAAGCACCUUGUGGAGGACACCUUACUGCUCCAACUGGCAUGAUAUUAUCUCCAGGCUGGCCAGGAUUUUAUAAGGAUUCCCUAAGUUGCGUGUGGGUGAUUGAGGCUCAACCAGGAUAUCCUAUAAAAAUAACCUUUGACAGGUUUAAAACGGAAGUAAAUUACGAUACCUUGGAAGUCCGAGAUGGGAAAUCCUACUCCUCACCACUGAUAGGUCUCUAUCAUGGUACUCAAGUGCCUCAGUUUCUGAUCAGUACCAGCAACUAUCUUUAUCUCCUGUUCUCUACAGACAAAAGCCACUCAGAUGUUGGGUUCCAAAUUCGGUUUGAAACUGUGAAACUACAAUCUGAUUCUUGCUUGGACCCUGGAAUUCCUGUAAAUGGUCAACGCAAUGGAAAUCUUUUGUAUGUUGGAUCUUCUGUGACCUUCAGUUGUGAUCCAGGCUACACCCUAAGUGAUGACGAGGCUCUUAUCUGUGAACCUAACUACCAAUGGAGUCGUGCUUUGCCUAGUUGUGAAGCUCUGUGUGGAGGUUACAUCCGUGGAUCAAGUGGAACCAUCCUAUCUCCUGGGUUUCCUGAUUUUUAUCGAAACUCAUUGAACUGCACAUGGACCGUGGAAACAUCACAUGGCAAAGGAAUUCAGUUCAUCUUUCACACUUUUCAUUUGGAAAGUCCCCAUGACUAUUUGCUGAUCACUGAAAACGGAAGUUUUGCUCAUCCUUUGAAAAGACUCACAGGAUCUAACCUGCCACCUUCAGUCAGUGCUGGACUCUUCGGGAACUAUACAACACAGAUCCGAUUCAUUUCAGACUUCUCCAUGUCAUAUGAGGGCUUCAACAUAACCUUCACAGAAUAUGACUUGGAGCCUUGUGAUAAUCCCGGUAUCCCACCAUUCAGCAGCAGAACCGGUCGUCGAUUUGGAGUUGGAGACUCCCUUACGUUUACAUGUUUCCCGGGGUAUAGAUUGGAAGGUGCGUUCCGGAUAACUUGCCUUGGAGGUAGACGGCGUGUAUGGAGUUCGCCUCUUCCAAGGUGUGUUGCUGAAUGCGGGGCAUCUGUAACUGGAAAUGAAGGAAUUCUCCUUUCACCCAAUUACCCAGCUGAUUACAGCAACAACCAUGAAUGCAUCUAUUCCAUUCAAACACAACCAGGCAAAGGAAUACGCUUGAAAUCAAGGACAUUCAGGCUCCAGGCAGGUGAUAUUUUGAAGAUUUUUGAUGGUAAGGACAGCUCCUCUAGAUUGCUUGGUACCUUCACCGGAUCACAGAUGCUGAAUAUCAUUCUGAACAGUACAUCAAACAGCAUGUGGCUUGAGUUCAUCACAAAUGCAGAGAACACCAGCAAGGGAUUUGAACUCCUUUUUUCGAGUUUUGAACUGAUCAGGUGUGAAGAUCCAGGGACCCCACAGUUUGGCUAUAAGAUCCAGGAUGAGGGACACUUUGCAGGGACCACUGUUGUCUUUGAUUGUAAUCCAGGGUAUAUGUUACGUGGGAAUUCUGUACUAACCUGCUUAACUGGAGAUCGCAGGGCCUGGGACAAUAUGCUGCCUUCCUGUGUAGCUGAGUGUGGAGGUCACAUCAUCGGAGAAACUUCUGGAAGAAUCUUUUCACCUGGGUACCCAGCACCAUAUGACCAUAAUCUUCAUUGCACCUGGUCUGUGGAAGCAGACCCUGGCAGUACAAUUAGCAUUCAUUUUCUAGUGUUCCACACGGAGGCUGUUCAUGAUGUUCUGAAGGUUUGGGAUGGGCCACUAGAGAGUGGCAUUUUGCUGAGGGAGAUGAGCGGCUCUACACUGCCUCCUGAUAUCCAGAGCACUUUUAAUUCCAUCACACUGCAGUUUGACACAGACUUCUUCACAAGCAAACAGGGCUUCGCCAUUCAGUUCACCAUUUCCAGAGCUACAUCAUGCAAUGAUCCCGGGGUUCCUCAGAAUGGCACUCGAAGUGGCAACAGCAGGGAGCCUCAAGAUUCAGUUGUGUUUCAAUGUGACCCUGGAUAUGUGCUACAAGGAACAGCUACCAUCACGUGUGUACAGAUUGACAAUAGAUUCUUCUGGCAGCCUGAUCCACCCACUUGCAUAGCUCCCUGCGGAGGAAACCUGACUGGGCCCACAGGAAUCAUCCUUUCUCCAUUUUACCCUGAGCCCUAUCCUCAUGGCAAGGAAUGUGACUGGAAAGUAACAGUGUCACCUGACUAUGUUAUUUCUGUGACAUUCCUAAGCUUCAGUGUGGAGCCAGGCUAUGAUUUCCUCCAUAUCUAUGAUGGACCAGAUUCUCUCAGCUCUCUGAUUGGCAGCUUUCAGGGCUCACAGGUGCCUGACAAAAUUGAGAGCAGCAGCAACAACCUUUUUAUGGCCUUUCGUAGUGACGCCUCGGUCAGCAUGAUGGGAUUUGCUCUUCAGUAUACCGAGAACCCCAGAGAAUCUUGCUUUGAUCCUGGAACCAUCAAGAAUGGGACAAGGGUGGGGACACACCUCAAGCUUGGAUCCACCGUGACUUUUUACUGUGACAGUGGCUAUGAAAUUGUUGGCUAUUCAACUCUGACUUGCAUCGUGGGAGCAGAUGGAAAACCUUCCUGGAACAAGCCUGUUCCGUCCUGUUCAGCUCCAUGUGGAGGUCAAUACUCUGUAUCAGAAGGUGUCAUUUUGUCUCCGAACUACCCAAAGAACUACACUGGUGGACAGACAUGUUUAUAUUCCAUUAUUGUGCCUAAGAACUUUGUGGUAUUUGGCCAGUUUACAUACUUUCAAACGGCACUGAAUGAUGUGGUGGAAGUGCAUGAUGGCCCAACUCAACACUCGCGACUCCUCAGCUCGCUCUCUGGCUCCCAUACAGGGGAAUCUUUACCUUUGGCCACUUCCAAUCAAGUUUUAAUGAAGUUCAGUGCUAAGAGUCACGCAACAGCUAAAGGCUUUCACUUUGUUUAUCAAGCAGUGCCCCGGACAAGUGCCACACAGUGUAGCUCGAUACCUGAACCAAGGUAUGGCAGAAGAAUUGGAAAUGACUUUGCUGUAGGUGCUAUUAUCCGCUUUGAAUGCAAUCCAGGUUACGCCCUCCAAGGUUCCAAGAACAUAGAAUGCCUAGCUGUGCCUGACGCCUUGGCACAGUGGAAUGAUUCUGCACCAAGUUGUUCAGUACCUUGUGGAGGAAAUCUCACUGAACGAAAAGGCACAAUUCUAUCACCGGGCUUCCCCGAUCCUUAUCAGAACAGCCUGAACUGUUUAUGGAGAAUCACCGUCCCUGAAGGAGCUGGCAUACAGAUUCAAGUUAUCAGCUUUGCUACUGAGCAUAACUGGGAUUCGUUGGAGGUUUUUGAUGGCGGUGAUAUUACAGCAACAAUGCUUGGCAGUUUCUCAGGCACCACUGUCCCCGCUUUGUUGAACAGUAGCUCCAAUCAACUUUAUUUGCAUUUCUACUCUGACAUCAGUGUUUCUGCAGCUGGUUUCCAUCUGGAAUACAAAACUGUGGGGUUGACCAAUUGCCCAGAACCAUUGGUUCCUGCCAAUAGUGUGAAGACUGGUGGGAGAUACCUAAUCAAUGAUGUUGUGUCCUUUCGAUGUGAACCAGGUUACCAAUUGCAGGGGCACUCGCAUAUUUCCUGUAUGCCUGGAACAGUUCGCCGAUGGAACUAUCCACCACCACUGUGCAUUGCUCAAUGUGGGGGGACUUCCACCGAUACCAGCGGUGUGAUCCUGAGUCCAGGCUUUCCAGGAAAUUAUCCCAGUUACAUGGAUUGCAUUUGGAGAAUUUCAUUAGAGGUUGGAUAUGGGGCUUAUAUCGAAUUUCGGAACUUUUCCACUGAACCUAACCACGAUUUUGUUGAAAUUCGGAAUGGACCACAUGACACAAGUACGGUGAUUGGCAGAUUCAGUGGAGCUAAACUCCCACCUUUUCUAAUGUCAACCUCUCAUGAGACAACCAUAUACUUCCACAGUGACCAUUCAGAAAACAAACAAGGCUUUGAGCUUAUGUACCAAGCAUAUGAGUUGCAUGAAUGUCCCGAUCCACGGCCGUUUGCCAAUGGCAUUGUCACAGAAUCUGGUUACAAUGUUGGACAGUCCAUUUCAUUUGAGUGUUUGCCAGGCUAUGAACUUAUCGGCCAUUCUGUUCUAAUCUGCCAGCAUGGAAUUGACAGAAACUGGGAUCACCCUGUACCAAGAUGUGAAGUUCCCUGUGGAGGCAACAUCACCACUUUAAAUGGCACCAUCUACUCCCCUGGCUAUCCAAACGAAUACCCAAACUCUCAGGAUUGUGCAUGGCUUGUGACAGUGCCUGUGGGCUAUGGGAUUUACGUCAACUUAACUGUGCUGCAAACUGAACCUGGCAAUGACUUCAUUACUAUAUGGGAUGGAGCUCAGCAAAGUGCACCUCAGCUGGGGGUGUUCACUGGAAGCUCAACUAAAGAAUCCACAUACAGUUCUUCAAACCAGGUUCUUUGCAAGUUCCACAGUGAUAUGGCAAAUGGAGGUCUAUUUGUUUUAAACUUUUAUGCAUAUCAACUUAGGAAAUGUCGCCCUCCUGUCUCUGUGCCAAAUGCUGAAAUAUUCACUGAAGAUGAAGAGUUUGAAAUUGGUGACAUCAUCAAGUACCAGUGCAUCCCUGGGUUUACUCUGAUUGGAAAUGAAAUAUUGACUUGUCGUUUAGGAACACAUCUGCAGUUUGAAGGACCUCCUCCGUCAUGUGAAGCUCACUGCCCGAUGAAUGAGAUCCACACAGAUUCGUCAGGAGUCAUCUUGAGUCAAGGCUUCCCAGGAAAUUAUCCUCAUUUUCAGACCUGUUCAUGGAUUAUUAAGGUGGAUCCAGGCUUCAACAUCACACUUCUAAUUGAUUUCUUCCAGAGUGAGAAACAAUUUGAUGAACUGGAAAUAUUUGAUGGAUCUUCAAGUCAAAGCCCAUUGCUGAUCUCUCUCAGCGGCAACUACACAUCUCCAAUAACUGUUGUCAGCUCGGGCAAUAAGGCAUACCUCCGCUGGUCAACUGACCACGCCACAAGUCGAAAAGGCUUUAAGAUCCAUUAUUCAGCCCCUUAUUGUAGCCCACCAAGCCCACCUCGGCAUGGCAUGGUUCACACUCAAACAGGAGGCCUACCUGGUAGCACAGUGCAAUUCAGCUGUGAUCCAGGUUACCGGCUGAUUGGACAGGCUGUUGCAACGUGCUCUCGAUCCCCUCAAGGCUGGUAUAACUGGAAUACCAUUCCUCCUCUUUGUCAAGCUAUUUCUUGUGGUGUUCCAAAAGCCCCAGAUAAUGGGACGGUCUUUGGAAGAGAGUACACUCUCGGAACAAGGGCCAUAUAUCAGUGCAAUGAAGGAUAUAGGUUGCAAUCUGGUGAACUGUCAACUGCCGUCUGCCAGGAAAAUGGAAAAUGGAGCAACAAUGAUAACCCCCCAUUGUGUGUGGCUGUGACAUGCCCUGAUGUUCAUAGUAUCCGUGUAGAGCAUGGGGACUGGAAGCUGUUAUGUGGAAAUCCAAAUCAAUAUGGAGCUCAAGUCGUUAUCAUUUGUGAUCCAGGAUAUUACCUGCAAGGACUUAGGGUCAUCAAUUGUCGGGCCAAUGGUACUUGGAGUGCAGGAGAGCCAAAGCCCAUGUGUAAUAUAAUUUCAUGUGGUGAUCUGCUAUUUCCUCCAAAUGGCAAUAAAAUUGGAACAUUAACAGUAUAUGGAGCGACUGCCAUCUUUUCCUGCAAUACCGGAUACACAAUGGUGGGAUCCCGGGUACGGGAAUGUCAGGCCAAUGGGCUGUGGAGCGGAAUGGAAGUGAAAUGCCUUGCUGGUCACUGUGGGAUGCCUAAGCCCAUUGUCAAUGGUCAAAUAAUUGGAGAAAAUUUCAAUUAUCGUGGGACAGUGGUGUACCAGUGCAGUCCAGGUUUUCGCUUGAUUGGAACUUCAGUCCGAAUUUGCCAGCAGGACCACCAGUGGUCAGGCAGAUCACCUGUAUGUGUGCCAAUUACAUGUGGACAUCCUGGUAAUCCAGGUAACGGCAUAACACAUGGAACUCAGUUUAACCUGAAUGACAUUGUUCGGUUCACCUGUAAUCCAGGAUAUACACUACAUGGGGCCAUUAGCUCCCAAUGUCAAUCUAAUGGACAGUGGAGCAAUUCACUUCCGACAUGUCAAGUUGUCAAUUGUUCAGAUCCGGCACAUAUUGAAAAUGGCAUUCGUCGAGUGCAAUUAAACGUCGCACAAAGGUUCAGUUACAGUAGUACCGUGUCGUAUGAGUGCAAUCCCAGAUACUACCUGUUGGGAUCAGAUGUGUUGACCUGUCAAGGAGAUGGUUCCUGGGAUCGAUCUCUCCCAAAGUGUUUGUUGGUGAGCUGUGGCCAUCCUGGCAUUCCACCUGGUGCAGAACUGUACGGUGACCAGUUUGCAGUUGGCUCUACAGUGCGGUAUUACUGUGAAAGAAAUCGUCGCUUGAUUGGAAAUGCCACUCGUAUCUGCCAACUGGAUGGGCACUGGAGUGGAUCAUUACCACACUGCUCAGAUAAUACUCUUGGAUAUUGUGGUGACCCAGGUCUCCCAGCACAUGGCAUUCGCUUGGGCAAGGAUUUCCGAAUGAAGGACAUACUUCGAUUCACAUGUGAAGCUGGCUAUGUCCUUAAAGGAUCUUCAGAACGUGUCUGCCAACCAAAUGGAACCUGGACUGGGAUCCAGCCAGAGUGUAAAGCUGUGUCCUGUGGAAAUCCUGGAACACCACGUAAUGCUAGGAUAGUGUACAGCAACAAAUUAGUCUUCUCAAGUUCCAUUACCUACGCAUGUAGGGAAGGCUACUAUUCAACUGGAUUGCUAACUAGACACUGUACUGUGAAUGGAACCUGGACCAGUGUGCCUCCGCAAUGCACAGUGAUAAAUUGUGGCGACCCUGGGAUACCAGCUAAUGGAAUCAGACUGGGUUCUGACUUCACCUAUAACAAGACAGUGGUUUUCCAGUGCAUGCCAGGCUACACAAUGGAUCCCUUGAGAUAUUCUACUCUCAUCUGCACCAAGGACAGAACCUGGAAUGGAACCAGGCCAGCUUGCAGAUCAAUCACAUGCCAACCUCCUCCGAGAAUUCUCAAUGGAAUUGUAGUGGGAACAGACUUCAGCUGGGGGGCCAGCAUCAGCUACACCUGUACUGAGGGAUACCAGCUGUCAUUACCUGCUACGCUUACCUGUGAGGGAAAUGGGACCUGGAUUGGGGAGAUCCCACAGUGCUUUCCUGUGUUUUGUGGAGACCCAGGAAUCCCAGCACAAGGACGACGAGAAGAUAGAGGGUUUACAUACAAAUCUGCUGUUUUCUUCACCUGCAACCUACCAUUGGUACUCGUGGGAUCGUCCAGGAGGUUUUGCCAGUCUGAUGGCACCUGGAGUGGAACACAGCCUACCUGUAUGGAUUCAACACAUACCACUUGUGUUGACCCAGGUGUGCCCGUCUUUGGAAUACAGAACAAUUCUGAAGGUUACCAGGUUGGAAGUACAGUGGGAUUCAAGUGCCAGAAAGGUUAUCUGCUCCUUGGAUCAACCACACGCAUGUGUCUGGCCAAUCUUACCUGGAGUGGUACUCAGCCAGAGUGCAUCUCACACCACUGCAGACAGCCUGAGACUCCUCCUCAUGUGAAUGUGGAAUCAAUCGACCUGCCUUCACUAGGAUACACUUUGAUAUACACAUGUCAGCCUGGCUUCUACCUUACUGGAGGGUCAGAACAUCGAACCUGUAGGCCUGAUGGAAGCUGGACAGGAAAACAGCCUCUCUGUUAUGCAGACACUAGGCCGAGUGGGAGACCAAUUGGAACGGCCAAGGAAAUUCCAAGUACCAAACUUUCAGUUCCACCCAAUGUUUUUGCUCAGAAUUCCCUCUGGAAAGGUUCUUAUGAGUACCUUGGGAAGAGGCAGCCAGUCAUGUUAACAAUUAACAGUUUUAACCUAUCCACUGGUCAAGUUAAGGCAACUCUUCUAGAUCAGAGUGGAGUGGAGCUUAGAUUGAAAGGUUUCUACAAAAAGGAAGAACAUCACCUUCUUCUUGAACUCGAGACAAUCCGUGGUCCUGUUGAAAUGUUUGUGCACAAGUUUAAGAAUGACAAUCUGGCUCUGGACGGCUAUGUUUCAGCAGAGGCUUCAGGCAGCACAUUCGUGUACCAAGGAUUUGUGCAAGGCAAAGACUUCGGACAGUUUGGUCUCCAAAGAAUAGAUCUGCACAUGCUGGAAGCUGGAACGGAUUCGAUAGGGCAUCACCUUAGCACUAGCAGCAGCUCAGUAGCUGUUGCCAUCCUCGUGCCUUUCUUUGCCCUGAUAACAGCAGGAUUUAUAUUGUAUCUCUACAAACACAGGAAAAGGCCAAAAGUACCAUUCAAUGGUUUUGCAGGCCACGAAAGUACAAAUGGUCGAGCAACUUUCGAAAAUCCCAUGUACGAUCGAAAUGUCCAAUCCUCUGAUAUUGUUGCCAAUGAGAUUGAAGUGACAGUGAGCACUGUAUGCACAGCAGUAUAGCACUUAAUCUUGACAACACAUUGAAUGCUGAAGUCCAGAAUCACCUCAUCAGAUUCUACUUGACUGCUUUUCUUCAAAGACGUAGUGACUGUGGAGAAGCUACUAAGGAUGCUGCCCUUUACAUUACUUCGAUUCUGAAGAGCCAGCUAGUUGGGAAUGGCGAGAAACUUUGCCAGAAUUCACCACCAUUUUCUUACUGUCAUAACCAACAGAGUACAUUGAUGUUGAUGAACUAAAUACAUCAUUGAGUUCUUGCCCUCAAAAUCCAAUGACCUUAAGUAAAUAUCUCCAUUCUAGAUGACAUUUUGGCAAAGGACAAGCCAAACAAGAAAGCCCACCCUCUAGCAAGGACCUAACGAGGAUCUAUUUAAAUAGCAAGGCGUAAUCAUACACAUUAACCAACAAGAAACAAACAUUUGUUGUAAGCUUUUAAGUAAAUUGUUGGUUCUGAAACGGGGAAAUGUACCUUAGGUCCUUCCUUGUUGGUAUUUCUAGUCUUUACCAGGACAUGAGCUAAUUCCGUUUGUAUUCAGUAACUUCACAUUGUUGAGCGUUCCUUUCCUUUGCAGUCACACAUACAUUAAUCCAGGAAGUGAAUAGAAACAUCAGUACCUAAAUUUAGCUAUCCUUUGAACCUUCAGUUGUAAUAUUUUAAACUCUACAGGAAUCAUUACAAUCUCCUGAAAAUUGUACUAAAGGUGUGCAUGAUUUUGAAGUUUCAAGGCACGUUCAUUACAGCCUUAAUUCUGUGUUUUUGCACAUUUAACAUAACUUUAUUACCGUUAUGAUUCAUAUAUUAUUACACUUUAUCACUUAUUUACUCAUGUUUGGAGCUCUAAUGACAACAUAACGAUAGUCGUAGGUGGCUUAAAUUUGUACCCAGUUCUACUGGCUUUCUCCGUGCCCUUGGUUAUAAGCUCAAUUCUUCUUCUGAAAUCAUUGACAUUCCUCUGUACAAGAAGCAGCUUAAUUUUUCUGCAGUAGCCAGCAUUACAAAACAGUAGCCUUAUUACUGUCAUGACUGUCCACAACUGACUGGCAGUAGGUACCCCAAGAGCGAUGGUGUUAAAUUGUCAAAGCAGAAUGCAAUAGGCUCUGUAAGAUAAAUCUACCAUGGAAGAUAUGAGGAACCCCAUUACAAUGGGAAUGAAGAACAUUGAGGCUCCAUCCAGGUGAGAAGGUAUUGCAGUUCAUGUUACUGUGAGAAGACAUAAACUUCACAGCUCAAAAGUGCCAGGGAUCAUGUUGGAGCAGAUAGAUACAGCAGAUAUGUGCAUCUAUCUAGCACUUUUAACACAGUUAACAUUUAUGAAAAGUUGUCAUUUUUAAAGUACGCCAAGGCACUCCAAAGGGGCAUUACCAAGCAACAAUUGACCUUGAGCCACAAAAGGGGAAAUUAGCCUAGUGAUCAAAAGGUUGGUCAGCAAUGUAGGUUUCAUGGGUAAUCUUGCAAGAAGGUGACGGAGGGGCAGAGAAGCUUCAAGAGGGAAGUUCAGGCCCUAGUCAGCUGUCAACCUAAUGACCAAAGGUGCAGCAAUUAAACCUGGAAAGGUGCUAGACACCAGAAUUGAGAGGUAUUAAGAUCUCAAGGCGUUUUAGGCUGCAUGAAGCUUUAGAGAGGGUUCAUUUUAAAGUUAAUAGAUAUCUUAAGAUCCUGUUACCUUGGUACAAUAUUGGUGUACUUUAGUGGAGACAACAGGCUGUCACUCACUGACUGGAGAACAUACUAAAGCCACAGUCUUAUUGAGAGAAAUCCACUGACUGAAGUGGUAUUCAGACAAUAAACUGAACAAUGGUUGGCCUUCCCUGGGAUGGACAACCCUGGGACAAAAGUGCUGCCUGCUAAGAAUUGCCAACCAAUCAGAGAUGGUGGCUCCUGCCCAUAUGACCUACACCUGAGGCUGAUGAUCAUCUCUAGAUUCCAGGUCAUAGAGGAAUGCUAGCGAGUAGAGGUUCAUGGAGGAAUCAGUGGGGUGAGAAAACUUGGCAGCAAGACCAGAGGGGUAGCUCUCAACAGGUCCCCUCAUUCCUGAUGCCAGAUCUCUUGAUCAGGCCCUGAGUGCCUUUAAACAACGGACCAAGCCGAAAGAGCCUAUAAGCAAUCUUCCACCAAUUUGCUUGUCAAGCUCCCCAAGUGGUGCUAAGUUAAUAGCAAAAGGAAAGGUCCUUAAUUGUCCACUGAAGGGCUUCAACUGGCCAUUGAGGAGAAAGGCUAUCCAUAGGCCUUCCCACCAUGAACUUGAUCAGCAUUGGAGAUAUGAAGGCAAAAGGGUGGUCACUUUCCACCCUCCUGCACAAUCAAAUCCCUCCCAACACCUAACCCACCACAGGGUAGGGUCUUAACUUUGUGCCCCUGGUGCCAGGUGAGAACAUGUAAUUUAUGUCAUACUUCGGAAGAAAUGUAACUUAUUGCAGAAAAAUAAUAGAUAUCACAGAAACUACUGAACUAAAAAUGCAAGGUGCUCAUGCGAGAUGUAGCAGGAACUCCGUCUGAAGCAGAUUCAUAUCAGACUUGAAACAUUAAUUUCUUUUCUGUCUUCACAGAUGCUGCCUGACUUGCUGAGUUUCUUCAGCACUCUCUUAUUUUUCCAUUUACAUUGACUGAGUCUAUGUUUAAGACACAGAGUUACUCUGCAGGUAACCAUGGUGCACUCAUAGCUGCAGGAUAUAAAGAAGGUGGGAUGUAUAAUUUAAUAUUAUCUUUUAUGAGUUUUCUUAAAUUAUUCAGUUUUGUUUUAUAGCAAAGGUCAGUUUGUAAUUGUGCGGUCAUCCUGCCAAUAUUGCCUUCUGAUAUUUCAGUGUUCCUGUCAUUGUGGGAGCUCCCUUCAUUACUCAGAUGUCUGGUCCAUCUAGAGAUGUGAGUUGAGUGGUGCAGCCACACCACAUGGUAUCAAGCUAAUCUGUACUUGGAUAAAGCAAGGCUAUAAAUGCAUAAUAAAAGAAAAAUCAAACUACUUAGGAGGAAGCAAACCAAGAGGCUGAAAAUAAAACUGACAGAAGAGAAUAUGGUUGAGUCUGCUUAGGGAGCUAUUGACAAUUUGGCCUCAAUAUGCAGUGAAAGUUGUGCUAGUUUUCUGAAGUAAAAUUAUGGUUUGAGUUUACAUUGAAAUUUAUUUGCAUAAUACAGAAGUGUCUUUGUGAACAACUGCAAUCAGAUUGUGUUUUAAAUUUAAAAUGUGUUUCUUUUUCCACCCUUGCAUUAAAAGUAUACUAUGGUAAGUAGAAGUUGUAACCAGAGAGGUGCAAUUUUAUUAUUACAUUUGAAAAAGGGGUUGAUCACAAAAGUCAGCAUUUUUAAGCAAUGUCCAGUGUAUCUCCUGUCAAUUACCCAAUUUGAAAUAGGUAGGAACCACUGUAAAAAAAAAGGUGCAGAAGCUUCUGCCAGUUUCCUUGGAGUACACAAAUCAGGUUUUAGCAAAUUCAAUAUUUUGAAUAUUUGGAAACUUCAGUAAGGUGUCAGCAAGUGUCCUUGCAUCUUAAAAAAAAAAGUGCAUUUUUGAAAGAGUCUCUCUUUCAACUAGCAGAAAUGUGCAUGAUAAUUAAUAUGGUUAGACCUAGAUUACUGUGUGAUUUUUUUUAAUCAAACCGGUGCCCAACUUGAUUGGUACCUGACAUGAUUUCCUUGUGAAAUUUUAUGAUCCAUUGCACUUGUUUGCUGAUUUUUUCAGUGCAGUGCUUACCUAGCCAGGUCGCUACCCCUGCAACAACAGUAAGAAGGGAUAAUAAGAUGUAUUUUUGUUCCCUACGUACCUUCAUCAGUAUGCAACAAUAUACAGAACAAAAUGCAGACAUGAAAUUUAAGUGAGAACUUCCAUUUAUGUGGCAGAAUUCAUAACAUCCCAGUUAUAGAAGAUAAUGACUGCCGACACCUUCAAAAUGCUCUUGUAGGCGUGUUUAAGAAGUAUUUUUCAAUUUAUUCAUUUGAGGGAUGCGGGCGUCUCAGUCUGGGCCAACAUUUAUUGCUGUCCCUAAUUGCAUAGAGGGUAGUCAAGAGUCAACCACAUUGCUGUGGAUCUGGAGUCACAUGUAGUCCAGACCAGCAAAGGGCAUUAGUGAACCAGAUGGGUUUUUCCAGGAAUGGUUUCAUAGUCAUCAUCAGACUGUGUUUUCUUUAAUUAAAUUCAAAUUCUACCAUCUGCCAGGAUUUGAACCCAGGCCCCAAGAACAUUACAGGGGUCUCUGGAUUAACAGUCUAGCUAUAAUAUCACUAGACCAUUGCCUCCCCAACUGUAUGUGCACUGCCCCUGACAAUAUUGCCAGUGAUGUCAUUCCAUCCCAUUUUCUCAUACUGACUGUGCUUAUGCAGGCACCAUCAAUGUGUUUAACUGGCAAAGCCUUUUAAAAGUACAGAUAUGCAGAACUUUCAACCUGUAUAAUAUGAACCUUACAGGAAUGUCAGGAAACACAAUCUUGAUGGAAUUAUAGCACCUUUUGAAGUAUAGUCACUGUUGUAUUUAUUUAAAAAAACUGUAAUCAAACUGUAUACAUAAAAGCAAUGACCAGACGAUCUGCUUCUGGGGUACCUAAGAAAUGAACAUUGUCCAGGGGAAUGCGUUAACCUUUCUUCAAAAUAAUGUAAUAGGAUAUUUCACCUCCACCUGAGCAAUCAGUUUGGAGCCUGGGCAUAGAUCUAAUCUAAAAAACAUCACAUUUGACAGCCUGUCAAAAUUAAAUGCUCAAAUCAAUGAAUUGGAGCUUGAACCUACAACUUUCUGAGUCAGAGACAAAAUGGAUACCACUGAACCAAAAUUGAGAUCUCAAGUCAGUGAUAUAUAGGAAGGUUUGCCUUUGGCACAGGAGGACUUACUUCAUAAUGUAUGUUUGUCUCUACCCUGUGAGUAAAGGAUGUCAUUAUUUUACAAUACCUAUAAAUAUUGCAAAAUUGAGGUCCUAUUUUUAAUGGAUGUGUUGGAGAAACUAAGAGAAAGCAUCCGUUGCAGUUUUAAAAUAUUUGAAAUGGUUAUUGAACUUAAAUAUAGCUCCCCUUGCAAAACAUGUUAUUGAUUGUAAAUCUUAGUGUGCCAUCAAAGAUGUUUUUAUGUUACAAAUCUACCACGUUGUUGAGGCAGUUAAAACAACAUGAUUUCAUUCAAAAGCUUUGUGUCUGUUAGUGUCAUCCCCCAUAACAAUUCUGAUAUGAGAGAUUCCAGAUGCAGUCUUUCAAAAGUAGGUAAUUUUCUUCCUCAUACUGUCUGGUUCAGCUCAUACACAUUGAACUGCCUUGAUGGCAUCAUGUUUGCACCAUUAUAGAAUCAUGUCACAGUUAACUAUCUAAAAGCUUUCCUAUUGAAUAAAAGCAAGUGAGAAACAAGGAAACACAAGCAAGACAGGAACCAGAGAUGAAAAAUUUAGCAAUCCCAAAAAUGCGUAAUCUGUAUACAGAUGGAUAAAUAUGUUGCCAGUUGUUGUUUAGGCGAUUGGAAGGAGGAGUUAGUUUUUGAGACAUUCAGUGUUUUUUUAUUAUCUUUCUGCAUUUUUCAUUAAUAACACAAAGUGGAAAUAUUUUACCUCAAUUAUUUUAAAAAAUUGUUUAGCUUUUAUAUAAAAAAAUGGUGAUAUGAACCUUGCUACUCAGUAGAAUGCGCCAUCAUGGAAGGGUAUGAUAUGCAAUUUGUAUGCCGAAAUUGGCUGACCCUUACAUGUUGUGGCAUGACUAUAGGGAAAGAUUUUAUUUGCCUGAUCAAUUCAUUUUGGGUAAAAACAGAUUUCACUGUCGGAAAAGUCAGAUUGGAUUGUGCCACUAAGGAAAGAGUCCGACUAAUUUCUUGUACUUUUGUGCACUUGAAAUGAUCUACUCUCAUUUCCUUUAAUUAGCAUAUACUUGUAGUAUAGAAGAGGAUACAUGAAGAUGACGUGCAAAUAAUCUUUUAAAAAUGAUGUAAAGCUGACACUUCUCAAAAGAAAGUCUUACUAUUUUUUCCUACUAUAAAAUUGCUAGUCUGUGGACAAAACCUGAGGAGCUGUGGUAUUGGAGACUUUCUAGCAUGAAGAGAAAAUGAAAAUAAGAACAAGGUCAGCAAAGAAUGAUUUCACAAAACACUUUCAACAAUGGGAUCAUGAGUUGUAAGAAACAAAAUUUACGUCAAUGCCUUCAUUGAUAGAAAAAAAAAUUGACUCAACCAUAGUAGCUUGGAAACUGAAAUUCAAUAUAUCAUUUUAUGAGGGUAAAACACGCAAAUUGGAGUCGGUUUGUGGACCAGGCUUCUGUGCUUCAGAUAUAUAAGCCCUGAUAUUUGGCCAGGCUGUUUUUCAGACCAACUAUGUGAAACAGGUCCUUUGCGUGCAACUGAGAGUCCUAAUACACACAAUAGGAUGUCUUUUGGAAGUUAUCCUGAAUAGAACAGGCACCAAACCCAUACUUCACGGCCAAAUUAGCAGCAGUAUUGCCCCUAUAGAACUACUGUGCCUACGACUGCAUCUCAAUCUAUUAGCACUUACCUGAGGCAGCUGCCAUGCUCAGCUCCUGCUGUAGGUGUAUGAGGUGCUUUUGAAGCUGUUGGCAGGUUGCCCAGAUGAAGUAGGUAAAUCCUAAAGUUUUAGAUCAAUAUAAAGCUUCUCAGUUUGGAUGAGUGUUAGAAAUUGAUCACUGUCUUAGCACUCAAAACCAGCACAACCAGUUUCCAUUUCCUCCAGUCUAUCAAAACUUAAAAUCUACACUUAACGAGGCAAAUGCAACUCUUUGUUGGCUUGGUUCAUGAUAGCAGUGUUCAUUCUGGUAAUGUUCUCUUAUUUUGAAAUAUUCCAUCCUUUAUUGUCAUACAGCAAGGGUCAUUGAUUUGCUCUUUGACCCAUUGAACAUAAUAUAAAUCACCUCCAUUUCAAUUUGUAUUGGCCACACAUCACUGGAAGACCCUAAUCAUUUACUUGACUCCACUUCUUAGGAAAAAUCUUCACAUUCAAAAACCUGCUUAUUUUCCAUUCAGCAAAAAAGGUUAAUUUCAAGCAUUAAACACAGCAGCAUUGAUCCUGAAAGAUUUUGUAUUAAUAACAUGACAGUUAUCAACGUUUAUUUCUUAUAGUCUUUUUUGAAUUUUUAGUUCACUUACAGAGCUGUGUAAGAAUCUGUGAUAAUGGGAACUGCAGAUGCUGGAGAAUCCAAGAUAACAAAGUGUGGAGCUGGAUGAACACAGCAGGCCAAGCAGCAUCUCAGGAGCACAAACGCUGACGUUUUGGGCCUAGACCCUGCUGUGUUCAUCCAGCUCCACACUUUGUUAUCUGUGUAAGAAUCUUUCAGGUUCUUAAUUUCAUCAGAAGCAUAAUUCUUUGAAGUUUGCAUCACAGGUAGACAUAAUGGUUAAGAAGGCCUUUAGCACACUUGCCUUUAUUGCUCAGUCCUGAUAUAAGAGUUGGGAAGUCAUUUUGUGUAUGUACAGGACAUUGAUGAGGCCUCCUCUGAAGAUCUGUGUCCAGCUCUGGUUGCCCAGUUAUAGGAAGGAUGUUAUUAAGCUAGAGAGGGUUCAGAAGAGAGUUAUCAGGAUGUUGCUGAGUAUGAGUCAUAAAGAAAUGUUGAAUAGACUAGCACUUCUGUCCAUGGAACCUAGGAAGUUGAGAGGUGACCUUAUAGAGGUUUAUAAAAUCAUUAGAGGUAUAGAUAGGGUUAAUGGUAGGUGUCUUUUCCCUCGAAUGGGGGAUUUCAAGAUCAGGGGGAAUUUUUUAAGGUAAGAGGAGAGAGAUUUAAAAAGGAUAUGAAGGGCAAAUAUUUUAUACAGAGUUGGUUCGCAUUGGAAUGAACCUCCUGUGGAUGUGGCACAGUUAUACUGUUCAAACGACACUGAGAUAAGUAAGUGAAUAGGAAGGAUUUGGAGGGAUUUGGGCCAGGAGCAGACAGGUGGGAUUAGUUUAGUUUGGGAUUAUGUUCGAUGUGGACUGUUUGGAUGGAAGGAUCUGCUUCCUUGCUGUAUGCUUCUGUGACUCUGUAGAAUAAGAUCUAAUUAAUGUAUGAUUGGUUCAAUGGAGAGUUGUGAAUACAGACAAAGUGCAAAGAAUUUUUCUUUUAAUUCAUUUAUAGAAAGUGGAUGUGGCUGGCUUGACCAGCAUUUAUUGCUCGUCCACAAUAGCCCAGAGGAUAAUUAGGAAUGGCCACCUUGCCGUGGGCCUGCAGUCGCAUGUAGGCUAGAUCAAGGAAAGACAACUGAUUGCCUUCCCUAAUGGUAGUAGUGAAACAUUGGCCUUAGAACAAUAUACUUCUGUUCUUCCAACAUUCUCCAUAUGUUUAAUACAGUACAGAUCUUAGACUGCUGGGCUUGUUAGCCACCAUUUCUGCACCAUUUCCUUCACUGAGAAGGAUCUGAGAACCAGCAAGAAUAGAUGCCAGAAGCUAGAGUCAACAAAUCUGAGGCAGGAAAAGCACAACAUGUAAGACAACAUCUGAGGAGCAGGGAAGUCAAUGUUUCGGGCCGAAACCCUUUGUAAGAGUAGAUGCAGAAAACCUGAGUCAACAUUUCCUGUAAGUGAAUUCAGAAAUGUUCCUGCAUAAUUGAACACUUGAGGUCAGUUGUAAAAAUAUAACUCUAAUUUCUGUAAUAGUCCUUCAUUUUUACUACAGAUCUAUAUUUAUGGUUCUAGCAAACAUCUAUAGCACUUUUCUGCAGUUUUGAAGGUUUGUGCCACAUUACACUUGAAAUUUUAUUUCUAAGACUCUUUCUCUGUUCUCUCUGUUUCUCUCUUUUCCUUUUUCUACUGUGUAGAUUGCAGAAGUUGCAUUUGUAGAUGACACAUUAAGGCAUGAACGUUGCAGAUUUGCGUAAUGCUUCCAGGCUAGGGAAAACCUAGGCAGGUGGAUAAUUUUAGAAAAGAAAACCACUAGCCAUCUUCCAAAUUUCUGGUAAUUUUGGAAAAGGAGAAAGCACAGCUGCAAGAUUUUAUCUCCCAGUUUGAAAAACAUCAAACAAUAUGCACAUAGAGACAAAUUAUUACAGAUGCUGCAUAUGUGAAACUAACACAGAGAGUGCUAGAGAAACUCAGCAAGUCUGACAGCAUCUUUGGAGAAAGAAACAGGGUUAAUAUUUUGAGUUCAAUAUGACUGCUUCAGUUCUGAGGAAGAGUCAUACAUAUGAACAGAAGUAGGCCAUUUGGCUCCUCAAGUCUGUUCCACCAUUGAUUGAGAUCAUGGUUGAUCUGUAGCUCACUUCAUCCGGUCCAUAUCCCUUAAUACCUUUACUUAUCAAUAACGUAUCUAUGUCAGACACAAAAUGUCAACUCUGCUUAUCUCUACACAGAUGUUGCUGGACCUGUUGAGUUGCUCCAGCAUUCUCUGUUUGCAUCAAAUGAUAUUAUUUUUUCUUCAAUUACAAACAUAGAACAAUGAAUUUCUCAUUUCAUGGAGAAAGAUCAUCCAACAUUAAAUCAAGAUAAGAUGCAUUGUUUGGGGCAGAUACGACAUAUUUGCGAUAUGGAUUUUGUAAGUCAGUUUUGUCGAGAAUGAAAUCAGUUUUAGAAAGGAAUUCACCUUAAAUGUUUGCCUUUAUACAAAGAAAGUAUCAAAGUUGGCUAUUCAUUGAUUAAGAUGCUGAAGUUCAAUCACGAGGACCAAAUCCUUUUGAGUUUCUAAUAACAGGUAUAGUGUUGGAAAAGUGUUGACUAUGAGAAAGUGUCUUCACACAGAGGAUAAGGAAAAGGAAGUGGUAAAGCUGUCUUAUAAGCCCCAACAGCGUGUUUAGAGAAGUCAUGACAGAAUCUCGGGGCCAUGCCACCUGACCCCGUCGGCCAUGUUUACUUCAUCCCACGGGUAAACCCAAGUGAAGACAUCAAGGUUGUUUGCCACAGCUGCUUGCACUCACAAUUGAUCAUCUCCCUCAAUCAUUCUACUAAAAUAGAUUUGCGCUACUUAACUUUAACAAUGUAAGCAAAAAGUAGGGUUAUAACAGUUUAUUUAACAAAAUAACAUCCUGUCUCAAAGCAAAACGUUGAAGUCAUCAGGGCAAAUUACAGGGCAACACUUCUUUUUUCAUUUAAGGAGAUGAAAGCAAAAUUAGUUUCAGAAUCUGGAAUGCAUUAUUGUUUUGAAUGUCUACAACAAUGGUGUGGAAUUUGUAAAGAAAAAUACGAUUUGGAAAUGUAGCAGAAGUUUCCAAUUGAAGUGGUGAUGCAGUUAAUUGUGCUUAUUUGAAUUUUGUCUUAAUAUUUUCAAGUUAAAAUGGAGGUUUUGCAACUGAUGAGAGUCAGUGCUAAUGGUUGAAAUUGUCUCAUACUGUUUUCUCUCAAGAUACUAGGUGUCCCAGAGACUGUAUUGUAUUGCGUAGAGUGAUGUUAGAAUUGACUCCUUGGUAGUUCAACACCUGAGAAAGUAAUCCAGCCAACAGACAUUAGAAUCAUCACAGUUUGCCACACCACAGUUCUGUAGGUAACGUUUUCAAUGUGGAGGCGAUAAAGGACUGGGAACUAAUUAAAAGGACUCCAUAAUGUUAUACAUUCUAGUAAACUUUGUAGUUUUAAAGCGCUAAUAUUUCCCUGUGUUGUGAAAUAAAAAGCUUUCUUUCUCUCUCUGAAAGGGAGUUUAGAGCAAACAUGGUAGAAGGUUAGCUUAAAUUGUCACAGAGCAAGUUGAACACUGAGCAUAAAACAUGAAUGUUUCUAGCCACUCUUCACAUUAAAUCUUAAAGUCUUGAACAUUCCUCAGUUCUAGACUGAGCUAUUGUAGUUAAUUCUGACCAGGUAGACUACCAGAUCUGUGCUAUCAAGAUAUUGUUAGAAAUAUUUAACAAUGGGCACAAGUAACAGAUCAAACAUAUAUCAUUAAGUGUAGGUUCGGCAAAAUCUUUGAUUUUUAAAUCAUCUGUCCGUCUUUUUGGUGUGUUGUCAAAUGGAAUGGUGUGACCAUUUUCAUUGUGAGACAUUGUGUUUGUGCAAUGCAGUGUGAAACGCGAUCUAAUGAUUUGGGGCACUAUGAAUUUUUAUAAUCUCUUACAUUUGGUUGGUUGAAGGAAUUUCAGCUUUGUAUGGGGUGUGUUAACGGAGUGAAUCAGCCUCUGAGUCAAAACAGUCUUCAGUGAGCUCAACAUCUUCACCUUACUCAGUUUAACAGUUGACCACAAUAAGGGGAAAAAUUACAGGUAACUUCAGAGAACCUAGAACUGUGGCUACAAUGUGAGUCUAUCACCAUUUUCCGUUCAAAGUGAAAUGAAGCAGCUUUUUCACAAUGAGUAUAGCUUUCAUAGAGACAACUUGAAACCACUCAAAAAUUACUUUCUUGUAAAAAUAGCAUCAUCAUAUAAAAUGGCACCAGAUCUCAGACAGUCUAGAUAUGCUGCUAACCAGACUUAUGACUGAUGAUGACUUUCAUUUAUUGAGCAGCUACAGUAGCUUCUCCUCAAAAAUAUACAUAGGUACACUUUCACAUGCUUCAACACAGGAUAUUUAUUUAUAUCAGAUUUCUUCUGCAAGAAACCCUUUCUUCCACUGAAUCACAUGCAUCAAGUUUGCAUUGCGUGGAACGAACCUUUUUUUUUGUACAGAGAUAUAUUUUUAUGCAAGAAAAAAAUUUGUACAGCAAAGUCAAGGACAAGAUCUAAAUGUUUUUCAUUAUUGUAGUGAAUGAGUGUUGAAAUUGGCUUUUAUAAUAAAAAGUAGUAUAAAAAUUGUAAAAUAUACUGUUUCUGUAGAGAUGUGUAAAUAUGUAUUAUACCACUGUGUCAACUUGUCUUUAUGACCACUCUGCUGUAUAAAUAUUAUAUAUAUGUACUUUAUCUGUCUG